UAUGUGUAACUCCGAGGCUCCGAAACGGUUCCACGCGCGCUUCUAGGACAACGGACAGCACUCGCGGCCGUGGCUUAUCGCAGGAGGCAAGCAUGUGCGCAUGCGUUCGCGUGCGAUGCAGACAGUAAACAGCGCGGUGUAUGAAAGACAAGACAACAUUGAAGAGGAGACCUUCAUGUGUGCGUCUGGACGAUUCCACGUUGUCGAGUCCUAGGUCGACAUGGAAGUUUCACCGUUGACUGUUGCUGCGUCACUUUUGGUGCUAGCUGCAACGUACAUCCUCAUCUGGGUACUCCAUCGUCGACGGGUCCACCAGCUGUUUGCCAGAUAUGGUAUCCCUGGGCCAAAGCCAGAACUGCUCUGGGGAAAUUAUAGGCAGCUGCAGGGAGACAAAAUUAAGGUGGUGGACCAGUGGAUUAGGGAACAUGGCAAAGUGUUUGGCUUUUUCGAAGGGGAAAAAUCUUUUCUGAUGGUCACCGAUGUGGAUCUUAUAAAGCAGUGCUUCGUCAAGGAAGCUCAAAUCUUUAGCGAUCGACCUCGCUUCCCUCUCAACGCGGAACCUUUUUCCAGUUCUCUCCUGCUACUGCGAGGUGACGAAUGGAAGCGAGUCCGUACAAUGCUGAACCCUUGCUUCAGUGCGGCAAAAAUCAAGCCCUUGAUGCCCAUUGUGGACCAGUGCACAGACACUUUCGUCAAGGUGCUAGAUGACCACGUUGCAAAGAACAAGGCAGUCGACAUUGAUAUUGCAGCACAAGCCCUCACUCUAGAUAUUAUAGCUAAAGCAGCCCUUGCUUUUGAGGUCAACUGUCAGGAAGACACAAGUGACCAUUUGCUACAAGCAAUUCGAGCUUUCUUUAGGCGGGAGCAUAACAUCGCUGUCCAGAUGGCCAUCGCGUUUCCUAUUUUGAGCUCUUUCUUUAGUGUUUGCUAUCCCUUGACAGAGCAUGGCAAGUUCGUAGAUCGUAUAGUGGAUAAUGUAAGAGCGGUGAUCGACCUACGGAAGCAAAAUAAGAACUCUCGCGCACCAGACCUGGUGCAGGCAAUGCUAGACGUACGAGCUGAAGCUGAGGAAGAAGACAAUUCCCAGAAGCAGGCUGUAUUGGAAGACAGGCACGUCCUCGCAAACAGCUUUCUCUUCUUGACGGCCGGAUUCGAUACGACCGCCAGUAGCCUGACGUUUACUGUGUACUGCCUGGCAAAAUAUCCAGAGGAGCAGGAGAAGGUCUAUGCGGAACUUUCGAAGUUGAUUCCAAGCGGUGAAGGCUUCACCUACGAUAACGUUCGAGAACUGAAGUAUCUCGAUGCAGUGGUGAACGAAUCCCUGCGCAUGUACCCUUCGGUUGCAUUGUUCACGAGUCGAGCGUGUGGAGAGGACGUGACGAUAAUGGACCGCCGUAUUCCUGCGGGAACCAACGUCCUGAUUCCUACGUGGCAGCUACACCACGAUCCGGAGCUUUGGUCCGACCCCUGGGACUUCAAGCCCGACCGGUUCCUGCAGGAAGAGUUUAACCCCACAGCCUUCCUUCCUUUUGGUCUAGGGCCGAGGAUAUGCAUAGGGAAGCGGCUCGCACUGUUGGAGCUGAAAGUGGCACUCUGCAAGCUGCUGAGAAAAUACAGCGUGACCCUCUCUGAGACAGUAAGCGAACCACUGCAGUUAAGCAUUCCCACUUCUCUUCUGCAUGCUCGAGAUGGAGUGAACGUAAGGCUAGUGCCUCGGGAAGCGAAACCGGCCUAGUAAUAUAAUUAGGCCAAUUGCUAGUCAAAACAAGAUUCCUCUUGUGAACUCGUGUGCAAAGUGUUGGCAUAAUUGUGGGUGAUCUUGUGUAUGUGUAUAUGCAAUAAAUUUAUGCCAGUA